UUUAGCGUCACGUGGUGUUUGUUGACGGUAGGAGACGGAGAAAGAUGGCGGCCCGCUGGAGCAGUGAGAAUGUUGUGGUGGAGUUUCGGGACGCCCAGGCCACCGCCAUGUCCGUGGACUGCCUGGGCUCCCACGCAGUGCUGUCCGGGCGUCGCUUCCUGUACCUGGUGAACCUGGAGUCGCCGUCCGAACAGUCGCGGAAAAUUGGGCGACAGAGUAAGUGGGACGUGGGGACGGUCCAGUGGAACCCGCACAGAUCAGAGGCCCACGUUUUCGCCGCCUCUAGUAACCAGCGGGUGGAUCUGUACUCGUGGAGGGACGGCUGCGGGGAAGCUCACACCUCCCUGCAGGGGCACACCCGGGUCAUCAGCGAUCUCGACUGGUCCUGGUUUGAACCCGAGUUCCUGGUCACCAGCUCCGUGGACACCUACAUCUACAUCUGGGACACCAGAGACACUCGGAAACCCACGCUGGCGCUGUCCGCGGUCGCUGGGGCGUCUCAGGUGAAGUGGAACAAGAAGAACCAGAAUCUGCUGGCGUCCAGUCACGACGGUGACGUUCGGAUCUGGGACAAAAGGAAGCCGAACACGGCGGCAGAAUACGUGGCCGCUCACCUGUCCAAGAUCCACGGCCUCGACUGGCAUCCGGACAGCGAGUUCAUCUUCGCCACGUCCAGCCAGGACAACUCAGUGAGGUUUUGGGAUUACCGGCAGCCCAGGAAGUACCUGAACAUCCUAUCGUGUCAGGUCCCGGUGUGGAAGGCCAGGUACACGCCGUUCUCCAAUGGUCUGGUCACGGUGAUGGUUCCUCAGCUGAGGAGGGAGAACAGCCUUUUACUGUGGAGCACGCUCGACCUCAACAGCCCCGUCCACGCCUUCGUGGGACACGACGACGUGGUGCUGGAGUUCCAGUGGCGGCCGCAAAAAGAAGGCUCCAAGGACUACCAGCUGGUCACCUGGUCCAGAGAUCAGACUCUGAGGAUAUGGAGGGUGGAUCCUCAGCUGCAGAAGCUGUGUGUCAGUGACGUGCAGGAGGACCUGAUGGAUGGGAUGUCCCUCACCACGGAGUCGGAGAAGCCUCUGUCGUCUCAGGAGUCGGAGGGCCAGCAGAGCGGGGGCCCCGCCUCGGAGAGCCUGCAGGAUCAGGACAGCUCUCUGUCUGCUGGAGGUCUUCAGGACUCGGCGGCAGGUUCGGGUCUCGCUCAGACUCUGCAGCAGGAGUUCUCUCUGGUCAACCUGCAGAUUAGAAAUGUCAACGUGGAGAUGGAUGCGUUGAACCACAGCUGCGUGGUGUCGGCUCAUUUCGGGAGCCAUCAGGUUCACCUGGUGGUAAAGUUUCCGGCUCAGUAUCCAAACAACGCCGCGCCCACCUUCCAGUUCGUCUCCCCGACGACCAUCCCCUCUGCCAUGAAGACCAAGAUCCAGAAGAUCCUCAGAGACACGUCUCUGCAGAAGGUGAAGAGGAACCAGAACUGCCUGGAGCCGUGUGUCCGACAGCUCGUUUCCUGCCUGGAGUCUGAUAUGACGCAGGAGGACAGUCCGGCCUCCGGCCCCUUCGUCCUAUCCAACCCCGUCACUCCGUCCCUGCAGGCGUUUCCUCGAGUCACCAACACCUACGGCUCCUAUCAGGACGCCAACAUCCCGUUUCCUCGGACAUCCGGAGCUCGCUUUUGUGGCACCGGCUGUCUCGUUUACUUCACCCGACCGACAACAAUGCACCGCUCUGUCCCGCCCACAGAGCCCACUCCCAGGUCCCUGUCUGCUCUGUCGGCCUAUCACAGCGGGGUCCUGACUCCGAUGAAGAUGCGUUCAGAGUCUCAGAGCACUCUGCGGCUUUACAGCGGCAGCCCGACUCGCUCGGAUAAAGACACCGUCUCCAUCUCCUCCUUCUACUACAAAGAACGGCUCCCAAUCUCUGCCUCCCGCCGCUGGUCUGUCCAAACCCUCCACGAUUGGCCGAAAUCCCGCCGCUUUAAGACGAAGCGAGAGGGGACGGACUACGGCAACCGUCCAAUCAAACUGGCCGGAAAAGUCAUCAUCCAGGAGAUCUCCUGCCUGCUGCCCGUCCACAAAACUCUGGGAGAGAACUACAUCCUGAACAUGAACGACAUCCAGGAAACCUGUCAGAAGAACGCAGCAGCGGCGCUUGCUGUCGGACGCAGAGACGUGGCGAAGGUUUGGGCUCUGGCGUCUGCAGCGACCAAUCAGGACCUGAGCCCAGACUCCGACCCGGACAUGGAGACUCCCUGGGCCAGACACCCGUUUGGACGCCACCUGCUGGAGACUCUCUUGGAUCACUACAGUCAGAUAAGUGACGUUCAGACUCUGGCCAUGCUGUGCAGCGUGUUCAAAGCUCAGGCUCCGCCUCCAGACUCUUACACCCUAUUCGGGCACCAUACGUCACGGUCCGCCGUGUUUCCCCCGCACCACGCUCGUUAUCCCAGCUACACGUCCAGCUCCGUCACCUCGGGCUCCUGCUCCAGCACCUCUGACUCCAUCACCACGACCACCUGGAACCCAGGUCGAGACUCUGAGCACGCCAACCCGUGGGGCGAAUCCUCUCCCGACGACUACCGCUAUGUCAACCAGGGCUACACAGACCCGCGGGAACGCGAGCGAGAGCAGCACGAGAUGAACAAGAGGCUUCUGGACCCGGCCAACACGCUGCAGUUUGAUGACUUUAAGAAGUGCUACGGUGAAAUCUUGUACCGCUGGGGUCUGCGAGACAAGAGAGCCGAAGUGCUCAAGUUCGCCUCCUGCCCGCCCGAACCUCACAAAGGCAUCGAGUUUGGCGUGUACUGCUGUCACUGCCGCAGUCAGGCUCGUGGGACGCAGUGCGCUGUCUGCAAGCGCCUCACCUUCCAGUGCGCCAUCUGUCACGUCGCCGUCCGCGGCUCCUCCAACUUCUGCCUGAGCUGCGGCCACGGAGGACACACCAGUCACAUGAUGGACUGGUUUCGGCGGCAGGACGAGUGUCCGGCCGGCUGCGGCUGCCACUGUCUGCUGCAGAGCACCUUCUGACGCAGCAUGGACGCUCCACGUGAUGGGAUCGCCAUAUUAAAAACCUCCUCUGUGAUCACAUGAUGGAAGAUCAGCAGCUGCUCUGGUGGAGGCGACAUCAGUCCGUCCAACACUUCGCUCCAGAGCGAGAUCUCAGCAUCAAAUCUACCGGACACAUUCAGCGUACCGCAAAAAGGAAAUUCACAGAGUCCAGGAGAGAUCGCAAAGUGUUACAUUUAUGAUUUAUUAGCACAAGUGAAAACACACUGAUGUUUAAUAUCAUGUUUACAACUUUGUGACAGCAGGCAAACUUUCAGUUUGCGCAUCAAACAAAUGUAAAGAAAAAAGUCUAAAUAAGUUUUUCUGCUUGUCAAAGGUGGAAAAGUUUCUACGUGGAAAAAAGUGCAAAGAAAACAGACUCGUCGAACGCAAAUUAUGAAACACACAACUCGACUAAAAUCACAUUUUUGUGGCAAAUCAAGUCAUUGAUGUGACCUCACCUUUGGUGCUUUGUAACACAGCGGAGGAGUCGCGCUCAGAAACGAAUGAUGCGGCGAAGACUGGCAGCAGCUCUGCCUCACUGCAGACGUCAUCGCAGACCCUGACGGAUUUCUGUAGAAACUUAAAGAUUGAAUAGUUUCAAAUGUUAUAAAGUAUGUUUGUGCAUGAAAUCUGAA